AUGCAUUCCAUUUAUUUCGCCUUUUUCUUCUUCCAACUGGGCAACAUUCAAACCUCAGAGGCGCAAACAGAACAAACAAAACCGCCAGAUUUGUCAGUGCAGGGAUUGAAUGACGAACAAAUGGAACCAUUGCGGUUAUUAGCCGAAGUGGCCGAUAAAAUGCCGAGAGCCGAAGUAGCUGUCAAAAAUACAGAUGAAUCUGACAGUCAAAAUUUAACAAUCAAGAUGAAGCUAACAGUCAAAGAAAAGAGCGUUAAAAGAAAUAAUGCGGAACAACUCGCAGGGAGGAAAGGGAAAACGAUGAAACUGCCGUGUAAAGUAUGUCAAAAGGAAGUAACAAGCAUGAAAAACCAUAUGAGAACUCAUACCGGUGAAAAGCCUUACAGUUGUCCAAUAUGUAAGAGAAGUUUCUCUUGUUUAUCAACUUUGAAGGGUCAUCAGAGAAUUCACACCGGUGAAAAGCCGUACGUCUGUCCCACAUGCAACAAACGCUUCUCUCAAUUACACCAUAAGAAAGAUCAUAUAAGAAUUCAUACUAGUGAGAAGCCAUACGUCUGCCGGAUAUGCAGCAGUAGUUUCUCUCAAUCAUCGCAUAGGAAGUCCCAUAUGAAAACUCAUACCGGUGAGAAGCCUUGCAGUUGUCCCACAUGCGGGAAAAGUUUCUCUCGACUAUACAGUAUGAAAAGGCAUAUGAAGGCUCAUACCGGCGAGAAGCCUCAUACUGGCGAGAAGCCUUACAGUUGUCCUACAUACGGGAGAAGUUCCGUUGAUUCAUCAGCUAUGGAAAAUCAUAUGAGAACUCAUACCAAUGAAAGGCCGCACAGUUGUCGGGAAUGCAAGGAAAGUUUCAGACUAAAACAACAUUUGAAAAAGCAUAUGGCAAAUCACAACAAAAGUAUGCCUCUCUACAACUGUACUUUUUGCGGUAAAGAUUUCCUAACUAAAUGCUAUUUGAAAAUACACAAGAAGAAUCAUGAAAGAAGCUGAAGGGCACAUUUUAAACUGAAAUGUACGUUGUUUCGUUGAUUAUAAAUUAUAUUUCUGUGCUUAGUUCUUAUUUUAUUAAUAAGAUUCUAUUGCUGUUAUUAUUUAUCGCUUGCUUAUAAGUACUCAUUUUUUAUCUCAUAUGCAUAAUAGUAUCAUAUUUUU